AUGGCAGGCAAGUCUGAUGAAGAAUUGCACAGACGCCUCGAGGACCAAGCUUGGCCCCAUCGUCAGAACCAUGUCGAUCCUACUCCGGACCACACCAUCCAGACUAACCAGAUUGGGGGCCUGAACUUGGAGAAAGGCGCCAAUCACUCGGCCGCCAAACCCUCCAUCGUUGGUGCACGUCUCCCGUGCUCUAAAACGAGCUGUCUCGGACUAGAUAGAUGCAACAAUGGAAGACUCGACAAAGAACAUACCUUUCAACGAGCACGAGGCCAGCAUGGAACCAAAAGGCGAAAUCACCCCCCAGGAAACGCACUAUAUCACAGGAGUUCGACUCCAUCUGAUCACGGCAGCAUUGUGCAUGUGCCUCUUCCUGACGAAUCUCGAGAUACCGAUCGUGACCACGGCCCUGGUUGGCAUGACAAUGGAUCUGGGAGGUUUCAGUCAGAUCAAUUGGAUCAUUUCGGCGUAUCUGCUGGGUUACGUUGGUAUUGGAGGCGCUGGGAACUAUUCUCUCUGUUCGGUCAUGUUCCUGGAGUUGGUGCCUCCGGAGAAGUAUGCCAAGUACACGAGUUCGGUAUCGGUGGUGUAUUCGCUGUCGCUGCUCUUGGGACCCAUCUUCGGCGGUGCCAUCAGUCAAUCGUCAACGUGGAGAUGGGUCUUUUUAUUGAACAUACCACCUGGAGCACUUGCUGGACUGGUGAUCAUCCUCGCGCUCCCGAACCGGUUUCCCUAUCAUGCAACACCCAAUGCCCGCAAAGGAUUCUCCCUGCGCCAAUAUAUCGGCGAGACCGUGCAGCGCGUGGACUUUCUGGGCACUGGACUGCUUCUCGUCGCUACGCUUUUCCUCGUGGCCUCCCUGGAAGAAGUCAAUCACGAGUUCGCAUGGCGGUCUGCCUUUGUGAUCACCCUGCUUGUUAUAUCUGGGAUUGCCUGGAUCUUGUUCCUGGUCUGGGAACGACAAGUCACCCUGCAUUCCGAUACUCGGGAGCCAGUGUUUCCAUGGAGGUUUGUCCAGAACAGGAUCUGGAUGGGGAUGCUACUCAACUCCAUUUUCCUCGGCGGGACUUGGUUCGUCACCAUCUUCCAACUCCCGCAGCGUUAUCAGAUCGUCAACGGUCUGUCUCCGUUGCAGGCAGGAAUCCGAUUUAUUCCUUUCACCCUCGCUGCGCCCGUUGGAUCUGUGAUAGCACCCACUAUCGGCAAGGCCCUCAAACUGCCGCUGGUCUAUCUCGUUCUCGCGGCGUCGAUCAUCCAGGUCAUUGGUUACUCACUGCUGUCGACCCUACCCGAGUCUCCCGCCAUCUCCGCCUCGCAGUACGGAUAUCAAAUCAUCGCCGGCUUUGGCUGCGGGAUCAACAUCUCGCUUCUAAUCCUCAUGACACCGUUCGCGGUGGAGGGCCGAGACAAAGCUGUCGCCAUGGGAGCCGUCGCUCAAUUCCGUGUCAUGGGCGGCGUCAUCUGCCUGGCAAUCGUGACAUCUGUGUUCAACGGCACUAUUCGAAGCGGGCUGAAGGAUUUUCUGUCCCCGGAUCAGAUCGAUGCGGUGCUUCGAUCGACCGAAGUCAUCUCCACAUUCCCUCCCAUGGUGCAGGACAUGACGCGCGUGGUGUUUUUACGGGGCUACAGUCUUCAGUUCAAAAUCCUCACUGGGUUCGCGGGAGGGCAGAUUCUAUCAUCGUUUCUGAUGUGGAAGAAGAAUAA